GAUAUUGUGGUUCCUCAACUCCGCGGCGUAGAUCCGAGGAGUUUUGGAAGAAAGAAAAAAAAAGCUGCAGUCUUUGAAAACCCUAAUUCUCAAAUCUUUCAGAUCUCUCUAUUAACAAAUUUCAAAUCGUUAUCAAGUAGUCAUGGCAGCAGAAGGUUCUCAGUUUGAUGCUCGUCAAUUCGAUGCGAAAAUGACAGAGCUGCUUGGUACUGAACAACAGGAAUUCUUCACAUCAUAUGAUGAGGUUCACGAGAGUUUUGAUGCCAUGGGUUUGCAAGAAAACCUUCUGAGGGGCAUCUAUGCCUAUGGUUUUGAGAAGCCAUCUGCUAUUCAGCAAAGGGGCAUUGUUCCCUUUUGCAAGGGCCUUGAUGUUAUCCAGCAGGCACAAUCUGGUACUGGAAAGACGGCAACUUUCUGCUCUGGAAUUCUCCAGCAGCUUGAUUACAGUUUAGUUGAAUGUCAGUCACUGGUUCUGGCACCAACCCGCGAGCUUGCACAACAGAUUGAGAAGGUUAUGAGAGCACUUGGUGACUAUCUGGGUGUGAAGGUUCAUGCUUGUGUUGGGGGUACCAGUGUCCGUGAGGAUCAGCGUAUCCUUCAGAGUGGUGUUCAUGUCGUGGUUGGUACUCCAGGUCGUGUCUUUGACAUGUUGCGGAGGCAGUCUCUUCGCCCCGAUCACAUCAAGAUGUUUGUUUUGGAUGAAGCUGACGAAAUGCUCUCUAGAGGUUUCAAGGAUCAGAUUUAUGAUAUAUUCCAGCUUUUGCCACCAAAAAUCCAAGUGGGUGUUUUCUCUGCCACUAUGCCACCAGAGGCUCUUGAGAUUACUAGAAAGUUCAUGAACAAGCCCGUGAGAAUUCUUGUGAAGCGUGAUGAGCUCACUCUUGAAGGUAUUAAGCAAUUCUAUGUCAAUGUUGAUAAGGAAGAGUGGAAGCUUGAAACACUUUGUGACCUUUACGAGACCUUGGCCAUCACCCAGAGUGUCAUCUUUGUUAACACUAGGCGAAAGGUUGAUUGGCUCACUGAUAAAAUGCGUAGCCGUGAUCACACAGUAUCUGCAACUCAUGGAGACAUGGAUCAGAACACACGAGAUAUCAUUAUGAGGGAGUUCCGAUCUGGUUCAUCUCGUGUACUUAUCACAACUGAUCUCCUUGCUCGUGGUAUUGAUGUCCAGCAAGUCUCUCUUGUUAUUAACUACGACCUGCCAACACAACCAGAAAACUACCUGCAUCGUAUUGGUCGUAGUGGACGAUUUGGAAGGAAGGGUGUUGCUAUCAACUUCGUCACCAAGGAUGACGAAAGGAUGCUUUUUGACAUUCAGAAGUUUUAUAAUGUCGUAAUUGAGGAGCUCCCAGCCAAUGUUGCUGAUCUCCUUUGAGGGGAUUUUGGUUUUGGUCUUAAUAUAUUUAUUCUUAGGUUUAGUUUCGGUUUGUACUGGACUUGGAAUUGGGAAAUGCUGGUACCAUGAUUUGCCUCAGCACCAGUUACUUUCCUAAUUCAGUUGAACUUCAACAGUCAACUUUUGCAAAUUUUGUUUCGUUUAUUUUAUAUCUUAAAGUGUCCAAAUAACUUUGGAUUUGGUUGUUUGAAUUGUUUAAUUGAGCUAUUUUCCUAUGGAGUAAGCUUUUAGUUGGA